AACUCAAGCAUCCCCACCUCCACAAAACCCUCCCUCACAUGCAUGUUGUCUCCUAGAGUGGACUUUCAGCGCCACCACCACCGAUAGCAGAGCCGCUAAUAGGACCACCAGUUCUGAUUCUUCAAACCCAUUUGCUAUCUUUGUCACAGAGCCCAAAAAUGGAGAAAAAAGCCUGUUUUCUUACAUCCUCUCCACUGUUCUUCUUGUUCUUCCUUUGGGCAACCAUGGCUCAAACCCUGGUCACCUCUCUGUCUCCUGAUGGGCAGGCUCUUCUCUCUCUUCUUGCUGCUGCAGACCCUUCUUCAAAGUCAUCAUCGGCUGUGCUCUCCUCAUGGAACCCAUCAAGCUCGACCCCAUGUGCAUGGCAAGGCAUUACAUGCUCUCCACAAGACAGGGUUAUCUCACUCUCUCUACCCAACACAUUCCUCAACCUCUCUUCAUUGCCAUCUCAACUGUCGUCUCUCUCAUUUCUGCAACUCCUCAACCUCUCCUCCACCAAUGUCUCUGGUACAAUUCCUCCUUCCUUUGGCCUACUCUCUCAUCUUCGCCUGCUAGACCUCUCCUCUAACUCUCUUUCUGGUCCAAUUCCUCCACAACUGGGAGGGCUCUCAUCGCUUGAGUUUCUCUUCUUGAACUCCAAUAGAUUGUCUGGUAGCAUACCUCAGCAGCUUGCUAACCUAUCUUCAUUGCAAAUCCUUUGUCUCCAAGACAAUCUUCUCAAUGGGUCCAUACCGUUCCAAUUAGGCUCUUUGGUGUCUCUCCAACAGUUUCGAAUUGGGGGCAACCCUUAUCUGACUGGAGAGAUUCCACCCCAGUUAGGAUUACUUACUAAUCUCACCACGUUUGGUGCGGCAGCCACUGGACUUUCCGGUGUGAUACCGCCUACAUUUGGGAACCUAAUCAAUCUCCAGACUUUGGCCCUUUAUGAUACUGAGGUAUUCGGGUCAGUUCCACCUGAACUUGGGCUGUGUUCAGAGCUCAGGAACUUGUACCUGCAUAUGAACAAGCUUACUGGUUCGAUCCCUCCUCAGCUGGGCAGGUUGCAGAAGCUUACUAGUUUGCUUCUGUGGGGUAAUUCACUCACAGGACCCAUCCCACCUGACCUUUCCAAUUGUUCAUCGCUUGUUAUCCUUGACGCCUCUGCAAAUGAACUUUCCGGGGAAAUCCCUGGAGACUUGGGGAAACUAGUGGUUCUUGAGCAGCUUCAUCUGUCGGACAAUUCGCUCACUGGUUUGAUUCCAUGGCAGUUGAGCAACUGUACAAGUCUUACCGCUCUUCAGCUUGAUAAGAACCAACUAUCUGGCCCAAUUCCAUGGCAGGUUGGCUACUUGAAAUAUCUGCAGAGUUUCUUCUUGUGGGGUAAUUUGGUGUCUGGAACCAUACCAUCCUCUUUUGGGAACUGUACUGAGCUCUAUGCACUUGACCUUUCGAGGAACAAGCUCACUGGGUCAAUCCCGGAAGAGAUUUUCGGUUUGAAGAAGCUAAGCAAGCUUCUGCUCCUUGGGAAUUCAUUAUCAGGACGACUGCCACGAAGUGUUUCGAAUUGUCAGUCCUUAGUGAGAUUGAGGCUUGGGGAAAACCAGCUUUCAGGCCAGAUUCCCAAGGAGAUAGGCCAAUUGCAGAACCUCGUCUUUCUUGACUUGUACAUGAACCAUUUCUCUGGUCGCCUCCCUCAUGAGAUUGCCAACAUCACAGUUCUUGAGUUGCUGGAUGUGCACAAUAAUUACAUAACUGGGGAAAUUCCCUCCCAACUAGGGGAGCUGGUGAAUUUGGAGCAGCUUGAUCUCAGUCGAAACAGCUUCACAGGCGGAAUUCCAUGGAGUUUUGGGAACUUCAGUUACUUGAACAAGCUCAUCCUCAACAACAAUCUACUAACUGGGUCCAUCCCCAAAUCCAUCCGGAACUUGCAGAAGCUAACCCUGCUUGAUUUGAGCUUCAACAGCCUCUCUGGUCCAAUUCCACCUGAAAUUGGCUACAUUACAAGUUUAACCAUCAGUUUGGAUUUGGGCUCCAACGGGUUUACAGGAGAACUCCCUGAGACAAUGUCCGGUUUGACGCAGCUGCAAUCGCUUGAUCUUUCUCAGAAUAUGCUUUAUGGAAAGAUUGGAGUUUUGGGGUUGCUUACAAGUCUAACUUCCCUCAAUAUCUCCUACAACAACUUCUCAGGUCCUAUCCCUGUAACAACAUUCUUCAGAACUCUAUCUUCAACCUCAUACCUUGAGAAUCCUAGGCUUUGUCAGUCAGUGGACGGGUAUACUUGUUCUUCAGGUCUGGCUCGAAGAAAUGGGAUGAAAUCAGCUAAAACUGCAGCUUUGAUCUGUGUUAUUCUUGCUUCUGUGAUCAUGUCAGUUAUUGCAUCAUGGAUUCUAGUAACAAGGAAUCACAAGUAUAUGGUAGAGAAGUCCUCAGGCACAUCAGCUUCCUCAUCAGGGGCUGAAGAUUUCUCAUAUCCUUGGACAUUCAUUCCAUUUCAAAAGCUAAAUUUCACAAUUGACAACAUCCUGGAUUGCCUGAAAGAUGAAAAUGUGAUUGGAAAAGGGUGUUCUGGGGUGGUGUACAAGGCAGAAAUGCCCAAUGGGGAGUUGAUUGCAGUGAAAAAGCUUUGGAAAACGAUGAAGGAUGGAGACCCAGUGGACUCUUUUGCCUCAGAAAUUCAAAUUCUUGGACACAUUCGACAUCGGAACAUUGUGAAGCUCCUAGGUUACUGUUCCAACAAGUGUGUUAAGCUCCUUCUCUAUAACUACAUUUCCAAUGGGAAUCUGCAACAGCUGCUGCAGGGGAAUAGGAACUUGGAUUGGGAAAUUAGGUACAAGAUUGCAGUUGGGUCAGCACAAGGUCUUGCUUAUCUUCACCAUGAUUGUUUACCUACAAUACUCCACAGAGAUGUGAAGUGCAAUAACAUACUUCUGGACUCCAAGUAUGAAGCAUAUCUUGCAGAUUUUGGACUGGCAAAGCUGAUGAUCUCUCCAAAUUACCACCAGGCGAUUUCCAGAGUAGCCGGGUCUUAUGGGUAUAUUGCCCCAGAGUAUGGAUACACGAUGAACAUAACAGAAAAGAGCGAUGUUUACAGUUAUGGAGUGGUUUUGCUGGAGAUACUAAGCGGGCGCAGUGCGGUUGAGCCCCAGGCUGGGGGCGGGCUACACAUAGUUGAGUGGGUGAAAAAGAAAAUGGGCAGCUUUGAACCAGCUGCAUCAGUACUUGAUUCAAAGCUCCAAGGAUUACCAGACCAGAUGAUACAAGAGAUGCUUCAAACACUCGGGAUAGCAAUGUUCUGCGUGAACUCUUCGCCAGUGGAACGGCCCACCAUGAAGGAAGUGGUGGCACUGCUGAUGGAGGUGAAGAGCCCACCUGAAGAAUGGGGAAAAACUUCUCAACCUCUGAUAAAAGGGUCUUCAAACCAGAGCUGAAUAUUCUUUCCUUUUCCUUUUUUUAAGGUUAUCAGUAAUUAAUUUUAUCAGUAAUUAAUUUCCCUGUCUACUCUGGGAAAUGAGAGGAGGAAGCUUUAGGUGGCAUCAUUGUUGGCUUUGGCUCGUCAUAUUGGGUUCUAUGUACAGUUUUAGAAACAUCAAUGGGUUUAUUUGCCUCUUGCUUUGUUUUUCUUUUC